AUGGCUCUUCCGACAGCACAACCGGCUGAAGUUUUACGAGCAUGGCAAAAAGAUGAUCUUUAUGAAAAACAAUUGGCUGGUUCAUUAGCACGACUUGUACCUUCACAUCAUGCUUCAAAGGCAGUUCCGGUAUCAUCCGUACUGUAUAAAACAUUCACAACUCUCAAAGAUUUGCAAACGCUGGGUGAGGAAUAUUCUGGAAUCGUGCAGGUCGACGAUUCCUUCCAUAAAUUACCUAGUUUUAUGUCCCGACUUUCCAGCAUCUUGCUAUCUGCUUUUGGUGAAAAUUUAACCAGAAAAAUACUCAAUCACCUCGGUAAACAGGUGGAAAGUAAUGCAUAUCUGAAACCUAAGGCGCAGAACUUCUUGUUAGUGGUAUUAAAAUCUUUGAAUAAUAUUGUGCCACAAAUAGAGAGCAUCCACCGUGCUUUGUCCUAUAUCAGCGGUGGACCAAUUCAGAUAAGCAAAACUGUAACAGGUAUAAAUUAUGUCCAUGUUAGGCCUGCCGCGGCUGCAUAUUAUGCUCACUUAAGAUUACUAGGUAUAGUAACAUUACUCCAUGCAUUUAUAUCGUGCGGUCACAGUGUUUACCAGGCAAAGAAACAUAUAGAUGAUAUGGCGGACUUCCCAAAUGAAGUAGACAGUAGUAAAUCUUGUGUGGCUUGCCUGGAAGAGAUAUUAAAUCCUUGUGUAUUGCAAUGCGGUCACUUGUUUUGUAUGAACUGUUGUUAUGGAGGUUUAGAAACAUGUCCGUUGUGUCGGACUCCAUUUACUAAGAAUACCGUUGUCCCACUAAUGAAUUACUGGCCUGGGAAAAUGUAG